GUUCCUGUCAAUUGUUUCAAUUUGAGUGCAACAUCCGCUCAUCAGACCUCUGCAAUCAUCGUACUAGGCGUGAAGGUAAUCUAUGCCUCAGGGCCCAUUCAGUCUUUCGUCGUUAUGGCGACUCCGAUGUUUUGAACGUCAGAAUUGUUGUUGCUUCCUGGGAUCUAAAAUCAAGUGCAAGGAGAGCGACUACGCUAUGCCAAGAUUUUCAGCAUGAAACGAACUGGACACGCUACUCAGGGUUGCAACACGUCGUCUACUUGAUGAUUUCCCAGCUCUCAUCUUUCCUUCAACUCAUUUUGACCCUUCAGCACACUCUUUUCAAUGUUCUUUCCGUAUGUUCUCAUUUCUGGGGUCCUCAUCUCGCAAGUCUGGUCCUUGGCGAAUCCAUCCACGUUCUGGCCUGCAGCGGCACCUCUCGCUGUCCGGUCUCCGUACCUCAACAGCUAUCUAAACCUUAUAACAGGAGCCAAUCAUGCCAACGAAUGGCCUCAACACUGGACAGAGGACCACAUCGUGGCUUGGGAUCUCUGGAUAUCUGUGGAUGGUGAAUAUUUGCAGCUGUUCGGGGGUGGAGGAGGCCCUGCGACGAACCUGACCAAUAUCGCGCUAACACCAACACGGACUAUUUUAAUGAUCCAGGCAGGCCCAAUGGAUGUGAACGUAACAUUUCUCAGUCCUAUAGAACCAGACUCCCUUGUUAGACAGUCAUUUCCUUUCACUUAUUUAUCAGUCGAUGUCGUGUCAAGGGAUGGGCGAGAACAUGACAUUCAGUUCUACACCGAUGUCACUGGCGAAUGGCUUUCCAAUGAUAUUACUGACAGUGUUAGAUGGAACACGGCUCAAAAAUCGUCAUUCAUCUACCACGAGGCGAGCCUUUCCUCUCCAUCAUCUAUGAACGAAGAUGGCGAAAUGGCGUUGGAUGCUACUCUAUACUACGCGACACCUUGGAGUUCCUCCGUGACCUUCCAGACUGGUGAUGCUGCAGUUGCGCGUCCGAUGUGGGCUCAGAACAAAACACUUUCAAACACCCAAGAUGAUAACUAUCGUGCGAUAAACGAUAAUUGGCCGACGUUCUCCUUUGCAUUCGAUGCGGGGAACAUUACGACAUCAUCCACACUCAUGUGGGCACUCGGGCUUGUGCGUAGUCCUUCUAUCAGGUACCGCCAGCAGGAUCGUUAUCCAUAUUUCUGGACGGAGUACGAUGAUAUUGAUCAAGGAAUCAACGCCUUUUUGCAAGACUUCGAGGACGCGCAGAAUAGGGCCGAUAACCUCGAUGAAUCCAUUUUGUCUGCAGCGCGCGAUAUAUCUCCAGAUUAUGGCGAUCUAGUAUCUCUAGCCGCUCGACAAACAUUAGCUAGCACAGAUAUCACAGUAUCAAAGGCCGCAGAUGGUUCUUGGAACAGUACUGACAUCAAAAUGUUCAUGAAAGAUAUGGGAAGCUCACGCCGAGUCAAUCCCGUCGAUGUUAUCUAUGCAUCAGUUCCAGCAUUUCUCUGCUUCAACGCGUCAUGGGCAGGAUAUUUACUUGAACCUCUCCUCGAUUAUCAGCAGUUAACAUUAAGUCAAGCAUUAUACGCAGCACCAGACUUGGGAGCACAGUAUCCAACUGCCUUGGGAAAUACCUCUCCUCCGGUGAACGAGUCCAUAUCCAAUUCGGCUGAUAUGCUAAUCUUGGCCUGGAUGUAUGGGGCCUACUCGACGGAUUCAGCCUUCUUAAGGCGAUAUUAUACCUUGUUCAAGCAGUGGGCCGAAUACUUGAAGAAUGUAACAUCCGCUUCUGCUGGGUUUGUUGACAGCGAUGGCCUGGACAACGUCAACCUGGAACUGAAGGGCAUCAUUGGCAUAGCGUGUAUGGGAAAGAUUGCCGAAGCCAUAGGGCAGAGUGACGACGCUGGCGACUACGAGAGCCUAGCGCAGUCCCGCAUGUCAAGUUGGCAAAGUUCGGGGAGCGAAGGAAGCCAUCUCGUCUCUACAUAUGGCAAUGCGUCGACCUGGAGUCUCAUCUAUAAUAUGUUCUCCGACCGAAUACUCAACCUCAGUCUUGUGGAAGAAGACACGCAUUCUACCUCAGCCAGAUCGGACGAUGCUGGCAUUUUUGGUGUACAGUACGACAGUACUGUUGGUCAAGUGGCCAAAUCCCAUUGGACGAUGCUCACCGCGGGUGCAACUCGCAACACUGAUGUGCGUGAUGGUCUGGUAUUGGAGGUCCAUCAAAAAGCCUCCUCAAACGCCAGCGCUGGAAAUGGGACCACUCUUGGAGGACAGGCUAGUCCUGCACAAGGAGCGAUAUUCUCGUUGUUGGCUCUCAAUCUCGAUCCGCUCGAAUUUUCCAGCUCGUCAGAUGGUAUAGAGGGGUCGUCAUUGUCCACAACGACUGGCAUAGGCGCCAUUGUAGGUGGUGUAGUUGGAGGUGUUGCUGCUAUUGCUGUAGUCGUCGCAUGCGCCUUCUUCUGGCGGCGUCGAAAACAGCGGGGACAUCAUCUCGCCCAAACGAAGGCUACCGAAUAUUCGCUGAACCGGUCGCCCGAGAACCACCAGCCCCAGUUAGCCAUUUCACACCUACCCCUUGUGUCAGCAUGGUCUUCGGAUUCAAAACUCAUACGCCUCAUGCCCCCAAGUCAAGACACGUAUUCAGCGUCGACCUCGGGUGUAAGCAGUAGCUCGGUAAUAUCAUCUGAGGUGGACACAGCGACACAACUUCGCAAUGAAGUAGAGAACUUGCGUAGAGAAAUGGAUCAGAUCCGUGUACAGACUUCCUACCAAGCACCGCCAGAGUAUGAACUUGACCCGAUGUCCGGUUCUUCGUCCGAAGGGACUCUUGCGCCGUCAGUUCCUGGGAAGUGGUCACGUUAAUUAUUUUAGUUGUACGACAUACGUUCGCUGUACUUUCAAUCCCUCGCUUGAUCCGCUCGCCAGUCAGUGGCAGAUUCCCAAGUUCAGGUAGACAAAUGUAUACCCCAAUAAGCAAUCCGCGAUUUAACGAAAUUGCUAUCUCGCGAUCGGCAAUCGCUACUCAAAUAGUCUUACCUGCCUUAUCCGUUUUCAAUGGUG